AUGUGGUCAUGGUGGAUAAUAAUGGCCGCCGGUGCCUUCCCCUCCAGCUGUGACCGGCUCUGUGUGAACGGCUCGGCUCAGACCGCCUACGACGUGGCCAAGUUCUGGGGCCACGGCCACAUCGCCGCCCUGCUGGCCCGCUCCGGCGCGGGGGGGGGGCUCCCCGGGGGGGGGCUCUCCGGGGGGGGCGGCGCGCAGGAGAACUUCUUCAGCCGGGAGCCGCUGGACCGGCUGAGCAGCCGGCGGGCCGACGCGGUCUGGAUGGACGCCACGCAGAGCCGGCUGGACUCCGUCUACCUGCUGUUCUCCAGGCUGAGCCCCAUGGUCAGCACCGGGGCAAAGGUCAGCGCCGGGGCAAAGGUAAGGGGCGGCCAGGGGGAGGGCGGGUCAAAGGUCAGCAUAUACCCGGUGGUCAUCAUGCUGGUGCUCCACCCGGACGGGAACCACUGCCUGCUGGGGAGGAAGAAGGUCUUCCCCCCGGGGAUGUUCUCCUGCCUGGCCGGAUUCGUGGAGCCCGGCGAGGCCCUGGAGGACGCGGUGCGGCGGGAGGUGGAGGAGGAGAGCGGCGUGCGCGUGGGGCCCGUCCAGUACGUGUCCUGCCAGCCCUGGCCCAUGCCGUCCAGCCUCAUGAUCGGCUGCCUGGCCGUCGCCACCACCACCGACAUCAAAGUGGACCAGGACGAGAUCGAGGAGGCCCGCUGGCAGACCAUCGCCCACCAGCUGAUCAAGCACUGGAUCAACAUGAACUCCAACCUGUGA